CGCAAGUUUGCGCGCCAGAUCGCGUCCGCAAUUGACUACUGCCACCACAACUCGAUCGUGCACCGCGACCUCAAGAUCGAAAACAUCCUGAUCUCGGCCAACGGAAACAUCAAGCUGAUCGACUUUGGUCUGUCCAACCUGUUCUCACCGCGCUCGCAGCUGUCGACCUUCUGCGGCUCGCUUUACUUUGCCGCGCCAGAGCUGCUGAAUGCGCAGCCGUACGUCGGCCCCGAGGUUGACCUGUGGUCAUUUGGCGUUGUGCUCUACGUGCUUGUCUGUGGAAAGGUGCCCUUCGACGACCAAUCGAUGCCGGCUCUGCACGCCAAAAUCAAGCGCGGACACGUCGAAUACCCGAGCUGGCUGAGUAACGAGUGCAAGCACCUUCUCGCG